AUGGAUCUCGUACAUAGAGCCCUGAAGCGACUGCCUUCGACGCAGAAGCUGCCGACGGUAGACGAUGUCAAAGCCAAGACGAAAGUGACAUCGAGACUGGCGUUCUUUCGGAGGCCGCUUAGAUUAAGGGGCAAUUCGAGCAUUUCUAUACCUCUCGGCGUCGUUCUUCUUUUCCCAUGUAUUGUUGUUGUGUUGAUAUUGGUGCUCUUUGUCCGACAUCCUAAAUCAGGGGUCGGCAUAUUAAUGCCUGCUGGCGCACCACCAGCUAUCAGGUUCGUCGAGCUCCAACCAACAGCUAUGAGAUGUGGCGCAGAACACGACAAGGUCUUCGUCACAGGCUGCUUAGAGCCUGAUACCUCGCAACCACGAGCGAACGCGGCUUUCGUGGUGUUGGCACGGAACAAGGAGUUGGAUGGCGUUAUACAGUCUGUCAAAUCCAUCGAGCGACACUUCAACAGGUGGUAUCAUUAUCCCUACGUAUUCCUCAACGAUGCAGAAUUCAACUCGACGUUCAGAGAGACAAUCCAGAACUACACAAGUGGCACCGUGGAAUUUGGAAAGAUCGACCAUAAGUACUGGGAUUUCCCUCCCUGGAUCGAUCCAAAGGUUGCAAAGGAGGGUAUUGCGAAACAGGGAGACGCUGCUAUCAUGUACGGUGGGAUGGAGAGUUACCACGCCAUGUGCAGAUUCUACUCGGGUGACCCAUUCCUCAAAAUGAUCGAAACAAACAAGACAUACGGUUUCACCAUCGCAGUUAAGGAAUUGAAAGAAACCGUUCCUAACAUCUUUCGCUACGCAUCUGCAUACAAGAGAGUCAACAACAUAACCUCCCAAGGUCUAUGGGAAAUGUUCGUUGAGCCUCAGCCAGAGAAACCAAAGGAGGAGCCAGCAGAAGAUACCAAGCAGAGCCCUCUUCCGGAAGAUGUCCUCCGCGGCGAUCCAUCUCGCACGUCCAUACCGGAAAUCGACCCCGAGAACAUGGAGGGCGAGAAAUAUAAUAUGUGCCAUUUCUGGUCCAACUUCGAAAUCGCCAGGCUCAGUUGGUUCAGGAGUAAGGAAUACGAAGAUUUCUUCCAAAUGAUGGAUCGCAGUGGAGGAUUCUGGAUGGAGCGAUGGGGUGAUGCACCAAUCCACUCCCUCGCCGCAGGCGCUCUCCUCGCCCCCAAAGACAUCCACUACUUCCGCGACUUUGGCUACAGACACACCACCAUUCAACAUUGUCCCGCAAAUGCCCCCUCCCGCCAAAUAACACCUCGACCCCCGUUCCUCGAGAUGACGACCCUGGACGAGAAGAAACGGAAAGAAGAAGACGAGUACUGGGACUCCUGGGACACCGUCAAAGAAAACGGCGUGGGCUGUAGAUGUAGAUGCGAUACCGACAUUGUGGAUGUAGAAGGCAAGCAAGGAUCCUGUCUUGCGGAGUGGGUAGACGUUGCUGGUGGCUGGGCAAGUCCUUGA